GCCGCGUGCGGCUGGAGGAGGGGGCUUCCCUCCGCCUGGACGCGCUGCGGGCCGAGGACCAGGGCUGGUACGAGUGCCGGGUGCUCUUCCUCGACCGCCACAGCAGCGACGCCGACUUCCAGAACGGCACCUGGAUCCACCUCACCGUCACCGCGCCCCCCACGUUCGUGGAGACCCCCGCGGCCGUGGUGGAGGUGCGGGAUGGGGACCCCCUGAGCCUCACCUGCCGAGCCGGGGGGAACCCCCAGCCCGUGGUCACCUGGAGGAGGAGCGACCUGAUCGUGCAGAGCGGGGAUGAGGUGAAGGUGGCCAAUGGCACGCUGAGCAUCGCGGCCGUGGGACGUGGCAGUGCCGGCACCUACACCUGCCACGCCACCAGCACCGAGGGCACCGCCACGCACAGCACCCGCCUGCUCGUGCUGGGCCCCCCGGUGAUCGUGGUGCCCCCCCAGAACGUGACCCUGAACGUGUCCCAGGACGCUUUCCUGGCCUGCCAGGCCGAGGCCUACCCGGCCAACCUGACCUACUCCUGGUUCCAGGGCGGCACCAACGUCUUCCACCUCAGCCGGCUGCGAGCCCGGGUGCGAGUGCUGGUGGAUGGGACCCUGCUGAUGAGGAGGAUCCUCCCUGAGGACUCGGGGAGAUUCACCUGCACCCCCAGCAACGGCCUCGGGCAGCCCCCCUCGGCCUCCGCCUUCCUCACCGUGCUCCGUGAGACCCCCGGGCUGGGGGAGGGACGGGGGGGGGAAAUGGGAGGGGAAAAGGGGGAAAUGGGGGUGAAAAGGUUCAAAAUGUGA